AUCAUGCUCGCCGCCGCAUCAUCCUCCACAACAUGGCUCCGAGCUCACCGUAUCCGCUACCUCUUCCUUCUCCUCUGCUCUCCGAUUCUCAUCCCUUUCCUCUGCGCCAUCUUCCCUCUGCUCUGUGCCGCCGAGCUUUGCCUACACCUCUGCCGCCGCCGUAUAAAGAUUUCUCACGAUGAGGCCGGGGAGGAGGAGGAGCAGAUGCGCCGGUGCGAAGAAGGACGCAGCAGUGGAAGUGCGGCGGCGGCGGUGGGGAAGGAAGACAUGAAAGAAGAGAUGGGGCUGCUGCAGAGGUACUUGGAGGAUCAGCUGCUGCUGGUUGGAUCUGUGUAUGAUUGCAGGGACGAUGAUAGUGACGAUCUGUAUCACGAGAUUCAUGACUAUGAUAAUGAUUCCAACACUACUCCUCUUUUGGCUUGAUUUAUUGUUUUUUUUUCUUUUCAUUUUUUGUUUUUGUUUUUGUACAUUACACUCUUUUUGGUUGAUUUUUGGUGAAAUUUGUUCCUGAAGUUUUAUGGGACUCCUUUCUACGAAUUGUGAAUACGAUUUUCGCUUUGUGAAA